ACUUGGGAGUGGCCCCGGUGCCCCCGUGUCUCCUGGAACCUGGCCAGUUCGCCUUCCUCAGCCCUCCUCCAGAAACUUGGCACAAGGUUCUCAGGGCUGGGGACGAAGGAUGUGGACAGUCCCACUGCCAAGCAUCCGCCCCUGAGAGAAUAGUCUUGGGAAGGAGCCCUCAUGCUCCUACCUGGGGAGGUGGGCAGAUGGCGCUCCUGGGGGAGAGCUGCUCUAGACAGCAGUCACCCCGGGUCCACCAGCUGCCAUCUCUCUGCCCAUCCCAGAGACCCUCUCUCCUCCAGGUCUGUCUGCCUCCAGCCAGGGAAGCCAUGCCCGCCCCGUGGACCAUCUGCAGCCUGCUGCUGCUCAGUGUGCUCUGCAUGGACUUGGCCAUGGCGGGCUCCAGCUUUCUGAGCCCUGAACAUCAGAAACUGCAGAGAAAGGAACCUAAGAAGCCAUCAGGCAGACUGAAGCCCCGGGCCCUGGAAGGCCAGUUUGACCCGGAGGUGGGAAGUCAGACGGAAGGUGCAGAGGACGAGCUGGAAAUCCGGUUCAACGCCCCCUUUAACAUUGGGAUCAAGCUGUCAGGGGCUCAGUCCCUCCAGCACGGCCAGACGCUGGGGAAGUUUCUUCAGGACAUCCUUUGGGAAGAAGCUGAAGAAACCCUGGCUGAUGAGUGAGCGGCCCUGGGACCAACCACCUGUCCGUUCUCCCACCCUCAGAAGCUCUCACCUGGCUUCCGGGACACUUCCGAGACCACGUGCAGCUCUGAGGGGUACUAGCUUAGGAGGUGAAUAAAUGCUCAGAUGGA